CACUGAUCUGAGCGUGGUUCAGCUGCUGGGCAGGUGCGUGGUGUGAGAUAAGGUGCUGAAAGUGCUGGAAAGCCAUAGGAUCUUCUUAAUCUGAGCAGCAUUAAUAAGUGUUAUCACACACACGGAUUCAAAACGCUCGGCGUGGGCAGGGGAGCUAAUAACCGCGCUCCUGGAGUCCCCAGAAUCCAAUAAUCCCCGACAGAGACAGUCCACAGGCAGCUCUGCAUUUCAGCACAGCAGGCAUCAUCCCCAGGCAAGCAGCCUUUUGCAGCUGCACGCUCCCUCCUCGCCUCUGCCCCCCAAAUCCCUGGAAUAACUCCGGUGCCUCCGGCCGGCCCCGGCGCCCGGCAGGGGAAGCGGAGCUCUGCCGGCACCGGGAAGUGUGGAGGAGGAUCCGUGGUAGGUGCAGCUCCUGGGAAUCAGGGGAGCUGCUGGAGAGGCAGCAGUGUGAGGGAGUUGAUGUGCACACACGGAGCAGCGAGGAGCAGUCCGUCAGGAAACGGGGAAUGCAGAGAGAGCCCUGCUCCACUCCUCCGUCUGCCAUUUUAAUUCCGACUCCAGAGCCGGCUGCCGGCGUUGGGUUUUUCACUACAACCAAAGCUGAAGUAACCACGGGUUUUUUUUCUCCUCGCAGCGUCUGAAGAGCCUGAGCUAUUUUGGGAUUUGUCUGUACUACACUGAAAAUGACACCUGUUACGCACAGACACAAAUGAGAAAAAUUACAAGUUCCUCUUCCAGGAUCCUACAAAAAAUGGGGUGAGAUCCCGUGGGUCAGGGCGGGGCGAGCAGCACAGGCUCUGCUGUGGGGUGAAGGGGAUGACCCCGAUGAACUGAGCAAAUAGCAGUACCAGAAAUGUAAAAAGUCUGUAGUAGCUGAUGCAAGGGGAAAUCAAGCCUCCAUGUGACCAGAAGAAGUAGUGCAUGAUCAACUAAAUGCCACAAUACAUGGUUUCUUAUGCAAUCGAGCCCAUGGGACUCCAGGCCUUACACAUCCACUUUGUGGCCAAAGCUGCAGGGAUUAACUCCUUCCUUAAUGACUGGGAGCGAGCUCAGGCUCCCGAAAUGAGUCAUCCCCCCGAAGCAGGCCGGGUUUUGCUGAGCCACGGAGCUGCCUGUGCUGCUUUCAGUCCCCCCCGUUCUCUCGGGAGCCGAUUUUCCGCGCUCCCACUUUUCCCCGGCGGUUUGUGCCGCGCCGUGCAGGCAGCAGAGGCCACCUCGAGAUCCACGGAGCUCCAGAGCGAGAUGAAACGCUGGGAGCCUCAGAAAUGGGGCAGUUCACCGAUGCUUUCAGCUCACACCGCUUCUGUCAGGCCCGCGGCGCGUUAAGAAGGUGAAACCAACUUUGAUUUAUUUCAAAUGACUCUUUCUGGUUGCUUUCAGGGGAAAUGCAGCGUUUAUUUGAUGGUUUGCUUUCCUUUGAAAAUCAGCAGCCCUGGAAUGUUUCUAUCUUUACCUGUCUCUAGGUUCUUGCUGGUGGCACUCGGGCUCCCAAGAGCUCAGAGCUGUGCUGCUCUGGGGAACAAUCAAAUGUGUAAGAAAUCUUGGGGCAAUGCAAAACUUCAGCCCUCAGAGCUGAGUGAAGAGGCCUAAAAACAUAAAGUCAUUUUCUGACACUCUUGGCCAGGAUUUGGCAUUUUCUGGUUCAAACAUCUUUGACAUUCCAUAUAUUUCCAUAUAAAAAUCUAGGCUGCAUUUCUGGUUUCACUGGAGCCCAUUUCCAUGUGUUGCUACUGGUUUGAGUUUGUUUUUUUUUUUAUUUUUCUUUUCCUCACAGAAUUUAAAAGUAGGAGACAAAGCUUUGGUUUUGUAAGAACCACCUAUGAAGGUGUGAAAUCCUGGGCUAGAAAGAAGGCUUGGAAAAUAAUGGUGAAUAACGGAGAAUAAUCCAUGAGAUUAUUCUGAGAGAGGGGAGAUGGGUGUCACCAUCGGAAUGGCAGGGCAGGAAUCUCUUCCCAAACUGGAUGUGACCCCGUGGCUGAUCACAGCUGGGCUCUGAGUGCUUACUGUGCUGAUUAAUAAAAUAAACAGUUUUUACAGUGCUGAACAUUGUAACAAUAUCUCAGGACUGGGCUGCUUUGGGCUGGAUGUUUGGGGAAAAUACCAUUUUUUGAGGAGGGAGGGAGGGGAUUGACCCUCCAGGCUGUCACUGACAGUUCCCCCAGCACCAUGAAAGGGUCAGGGAGCGAUUCCUCAACAUCCAGAGGAAGCCUAAAAGUUCAUCCUCGGUUCUCCAGCGUCUCCUGUGUGAUUUUGCCAUGACCUGAACAGUGACAGCAUAUGGAGCCUGACACCCCCCAGAUCUCACCCUUAUGCCCAUCAUUAUUGCUGCUGGGGGUGAUAAAAUAACCUGAGGGUAUUUUAUUUAAUUAACCCUUGGUGUUUUGAGUGCUGAAGGAAGCCCUCGUGGUCCUGCCGGGGAAGGCUUGGCUCGGCUUUGGGUUUAAAUGCCAUCGGCCACACCUUCCCCCAGCGCAGGAAGCACGAUUGUUAAAAUCAGGGCAUGUUCCUGUUGAGCUGAAAGGCUGAGAUAAAUAAUCCAAAGGCCUGGUUUAUGCCAAGUGAAUUCCUGCCCGGGCCGCAGCAAGUCCGGGCAGCUGUAAAUCUGUAACCCCUCGACCUCGGCAGCCCCGCGAGGGGAGGCUUGGCACAUCCCCUCGGGAGUGACUGGGCACAAACGGAAGGAGCAAAGAAUCGGGCAAAGGUGGACAGGGCAAUGGAAAAGUUUCUUCACUUUACCGACCCAGAGGCUUAAAAGCUGCUUUAAAACGCAGAAUAGUCAGUUUUUCGAGUGCUGAUGUGGGGUAGGGAUACCUCAUCCUUACAAAGGAUCAUCCCUCACUGAGGGACAGUCACAACAAAUAUUCAGGUUUGGGUUUUUUUUCCAAAAGGUUUAUUGUUUUCCAGAGAAGCUUCUUUAGUGAAUUCCAGAGAAAUGGCCAGUGAGUCCUUUCUUUACCAGCCCAGCAGAAUCCCAGAAUGGUUUGGGUUAGAAGGGACCUUAGAGCUCACCGUGUGCCACCCGUGCCAUGGCAGGGACACCUCCCGCUGCCCCAGGCUGCUCCAAACCCCAUCCAACCUGGCCUGGGACACUUCCAGGGAUCCAGGGGCAUCCCCAGCUGCUCUGGGCACCCUGUUCCAUCUGGAACACCCUGCUGCUCUCCCUGGGGUCCCAAGAAAGCAGGAGGAAGAGCAGCAGGCAGGUGAAGAGUAAUAAACCCCUUGGCAAACAGUUUUAAAGGCGAUUCCGUGCGGCUGUUUGGGUGUGCACAGCUGACAGUCCCACAGAGAGCGGGCUGGGGGGCUCAGAGCUCCCCUCGGGAAUUGUUCAGGGGAUUGUGUGGAGCAGCUGGUGCCGAGAUCCAAAGCCGGCAGUGCCAGAGGUGCGGGAUCCCCGCCGGGAGCUGCCGGGAUGUGUUGGCUGUGCUGGCACUGGGGAGUCACAUUGGCGUUCUCGGUGCGAGCGGCACAGAGCAGGCACCGAACUGGGAGCCCGCAGGUGAAAACCUGCCCCUCCCUCUGAAAACCUGCAGUUCUUCCUGUGCAGUCUAAAAAACCCAGCUGGGAGAGCCGGGAUCCUUUUCCAAAAGGAGCAUGAACAUCGCAGCUGCUUCAGAGCCUCUCUGGCCGGGCCGUGUCGGGGUCGGGCUGCGAUGUUUGGGAUGCCCGACCCAGAGCAGAAUUCCCGGCUGGCACAGGGACCCCUCACCCCCGGGACCCCCAGCGCUGGCAGCGGCUGCGGGGGCAGCUUUCCCUCGGCUCCCGAUCCCAGGAGCCAACAAAAGGAAUUAUUUCAGCUAUUAGCUGCUAAGAAUAGAGCGGCGGGGGUGCUGAGGUGCCCGAGAGCGCAGCCGGAGGAGCGGGGAUUGCAGGGGGAGCACGGAACCGGCCCCGGGCUGCGCUUUGCUUCUCCAUCCUCCUGUUUUUCCCUGCGGAGCAUCUUCCCAACCUCUGCGGGAGGAAAAGCCCGCAGAGCCGCGGUGGCUGCCCCGGGUCCCGCUCUGGCACGGCCGGGGAGGUUUGGGAAAGGCAAACAUUCCACCCCGGAGCAGUCCCUUGAUGUCGGGCCAGCGGUGUUCAGGGUGUUUUCCCAAGUGCUAAUCUCGAAGUUCCCUUUGCAAAUACCUCAUAAAAGGUUAAAGACACGCAGGUAUUUAAAUGCGAGGUCAGUAAGUGGUGAGGUGCUCAGGGAUGGCUUUAACACCUCGUCCUGCUGCUGUUCAACAAAAAUCCUUUUGCUAUCGCUGCGUGUUUUUAUCCAGGAUAGUUUGGAAGAGGCGAUUUUCCUUCUGUGCUGUUUGUGCAGCGCAGGGUACAACACAUUCCUGAUCCAUGACGAGGUUUCCAAACUCCAUAGUAAAAUGAAUAAUAAUGAUAGUAAACGUUGUAUAACUUCUUUUUUGUUUUGUUUUUUUUUUUCUUUAAUACAACAACCUUUGUAUUACUUCAGUGCUGGGUUUUCCAGUUAUUGUAUGUGGGGGGAAAAAAGGUUUUUAAAAAAAGAAACAAAACAAAGAAUAACAAUGAAAUGGGGAAAAAAAAAACCAAACAAAUGAAUUCAAGGUUUGUAAGAAGAGAAAAAUCAGUCCUGGGUGCUGCUGCAGAAAGAGUCGAGCUGGACAGAAUUAAAGAUCUCAGCUGGAGCGUGGACAGGGCAGCAGACAGGCUGCUAAAAAUAGAAUAAUCCCAAUUACAGCCACACUCCUGCUUCCCCCGGGUCCCCGCUGCCCGUGGGCACAGCAGGCGCUGAAUGAGGAGGGGAUGGGGACACUCAGUGCCUGUCCUGGCAUUCCCGGGGGCUCGGGGGGUGACAGCGAGGGUGACAGUGAGGGUGACAGGGUGACAGCGAGGGUGACAGUGCCAGUGAGGGUGACAGUGAGGGUGACAGCGAGGGUGACAGGGAGGGUGACAGUGAGGGUGACAGUGCCAGUGAGGGUGACAGCAGUGCCAAUGAGGGUGACAGUGGCACUGAGGGUGACAGCAGUGCCAGUGAGGGUGACAGUACCAGUGAGGGUGACAGCAGUGUCACUGGGGGUGACAGCAGUGUCACUGAGGGUGGCAGCAGUGCCAGUGAAGGUGACAGUGUCACUGGGGGUGACAGCAGUUCCACUGAGGGUGACAGCAGUGUCACUGGGGGUGGCAGCAGUUCCACUGAGGGUGACAGCAGUGUCACUGGGGGUGGAAGCAGUGGCACUAAGGGUGACAGCAGUGUCACUGAGGGUGACAGCAGUGCCAGUGAAGGUGACAGUGCCACUGAGGGUGACAGCAGUGUCACUGGGGGUGACAGCAGUGACUCUGAAGGUGACAGCAGUGCCAGUGAGGGUGACAGCAGUGUCCCCACUGUCACCCCUGGCCGUGGCUCCAGCUGCCCAGCGCGGCUCAGCUCCGCUCCCUGCCCCAAAUCCGCUCUGUCCCCACCCAAACCCGGCCGGGCAGGGCUCCCGUGACCUCUCCGCUUAAAGAUUGAACCCUGGCCCUGCUCAGCCCGUGCCAGGCUCUGGUUAAACCCCCUGGCAGUGCCAGAAAUCCCUCCUGCCUUCAUUUCCUCCUCCUGCCUCUCAGCAGCAGCGCUGCAAAACCUUCAGUGUGAAAUAAACAGAUGAAAGCCGCUGUUUUCCCAAGCCUGCACAGCCCCACAGAACCAGUCUCCUGCAGCCCAGCUGAUGCCACAGCAGAGUUUUGGGGAGAUUUGGGGAGGUUUUUGUCCCUUCUGUUGUCACCUCCCACCUCCCUGGAGCUGCACCCUGGGGACACAAAAACCUCCCAUUAAAAGUUCUGCCAACCUCAUCAUAACAAAUCAACAUUUUCCCAUUGGGAAGCCAACAAACAGGGGGAAAAAAAAAUCUGUUUUGGCAUUCCCGAGCAGCUGGGCCAGGAGCAUCCAGGAGCAGCCAGGAUCUGCCAGGAUGAUCCAGGAACAGCCAGGAUCAUCCAGGAGCAUCCAGGAACAGCCAGGAUCAUCCAGGAGCAUCCAGGAUCAUCCAGGAUCAUCCAGGAGCAUCCAGGAUCAUCCAGAAGCAGCCAGGACCAACCAGGAGCAUCCAGGAUCAUCCAGGAGCAACCAGGAUCUGCCAGGAGCAGCCAGGAUCAGCCAGAAUCAUCCAGGACCAGCCAGGA